UCCCAGGCGGUCAAACAUCCAACAGCCGAGACUAUGGAUCAGAAGUUGGGUCUGCUGGUUCUCCUGGCCCUCGGGCUCCUUGUCUGCCUGAGCUUGCCUCCCGUCUCUCGGGCGCAGGAUGUGAUGGAGGACGGUCUGGGCGAGGAGCUGGACGUGGAGGACGAGCUGGACCUGGGCCUGGCUGCGGGAGAGGAGGAGGAAGAAGAGGAGAUGAUGAUGGAGGGAGAUGUUGAGGACGAAGCUCCGGCAGAGCCCAAAACUCCUCCCAUUCCCAAGGUGACCUACAAGGCUCCAGAGCCAAUGGGGGAACAUUUCAUCGCUGAGUCUUUUGACCGGGGGACGCUUGACGGCUGGGUGAUGUCCAACGCCAAGAAGGAGGAAGCCGAUGAAGACAUUGCAAAAUACGACGGUAAAUGGGUGGUGGAGGAGAUGAAGGACAGUAAACUGCCCGGCGACAAAGGUCUCGUCCUGAAGACCCGAGCCAAACAUCACGCCAUCUCUGCCCAGCUGUUGCGACCCUUCGUCUUCGACACCAAGCCACUCAUCAUCCAGUACGAGGUGAACUUCCAGUCCGGGAUCGACUGUGGCGGCGCCUACGUGAAGCUGCUGACUCAAACCCCAGACCUCGACCUGGACCAGUUCAAGGAUAAGACUCCAUACACCAUCAUGUUCGGACCGGACAAGUGCGGAGAGGAUUACAAGCUGCACUUCAUCUUCAGACACAAGAACCCCAAAACCGGAGAGUUCGAGGAGAAACACGCCAAGAAACCCGACGCCGACCUCAGGACAUACUUCACCGACAAGAAGACUCACCUGUACACACUGGUGGUGAACCCUGACAACACCUUCGAGGUCCUGGUGGAUCAGACGGUGGUGAACAGCGGCAGCCUGCUGAGCGACAUGACCCCCGCCGUCAACCCCCCCGCUGAGAUCGAGGACCCCGACGACCAGAAACCAGAAGAUUGGGAUGAGAGGCCGAAGAUCCAGGACCCGGCCGCCGCCAAGCCCGAGGACUGGGAUGAGGACGCACCGGCUCAGAUUGCCGAUGAAGAUGCAGUGAAACCCGACGGCUGGCUGGACGACGAGCCAGAGUACAUCGGAGACCCCGACGCCGUCAAACCUGAGGACUGGGACGAGGAUAUGGACGGAGAGUGGGAGGCCCCUCAGGUCCCGAACCCGGCAUGUGAGACUGCCCCCGGCUGCGGAGCCUGGAAACGCCCGAUGAUUGACAACCCCAACCACAAGGGCAAGUGGAAGCCCCCCAUGAUCGACAACCCCAACUACCAGGGCGUGUGGAAGCCGAGGAAGGUCCCCAACCCGGUAUUCUUCGAGGACCUGCAGCCCUUCAGGAUGUCAGCGUUCAGCGCUGUGGGACUGGAGCUCUGGUCCAUGACCAACGACAUCUUCUUCGACAACUUCUUCAUCACCGACGACAGGAACACCGCCGAGCGCUGGGCCAACGACGGCUGGGGGCUGAAGAAGGCCGCCGAGGGCGCCGCUGACCCCGGUCUGGCGACUCAGAUGUUGAACGCUGCAGAGGAGCGACCCUGGCUCUGGGUUGUCUACGUCCUCACCGUCGCUCUGCCCCUCAUCCUCAUCAUCGUCUUCUGCUGCACUGGCAAGAAGAAGACCGGAGAGACGCCGGCAGCCGAAUACAAGAAGACUGACGAGGCUCAGCCGGAUGUGAAGGAGGAGGAAGAGGAAGAGGACGAGGAGGAAGAAGAGAAGGCUGAGGAGGAAGAAGAGAAGGCUGAGGAGGAUGAAGAGGAGAAGAGCAGUCCCGCUGCAGAAGGAAAGAGCGACGGAGAGGAGAGUCCUGCAGAGAAGGAGGAAGAGGAGGCAGAGAAGGACGAGACGGCUGAGGAGAAGCUUGAGGACGACGUUCUGCGGAGAUCUCCCAGGAACAGGAAGGUCAGAAAGGACUGAAAUCUCUGAUCCACAGCAGCGCUGACCUCAAAACCUCCCCCCCUCCCCCCUCCCUUCUCCCCUGAAAUAUCUCCCCCAUCCUCCCCUCCUCUUCUUCGAGGCCACGGAGCUGUGAUGGAAGCAGCGAAGCCGACAGGAAACUAAGAAAUCGAGACCUCCAACACGGACGCCUGCUCAUAUGACGAUUCCAGGACUGAGUUAGCGUAAAGGAUUCAUUUUGUUUUUGAAAGAGAUUAACUAAAGCUUCCUGCAUCAUUCCUUAACACCACCUGAGCAGACUCAAACCCGCGGGAUCAGCGCGUCCCGUCCGCCGCACCGCCCAGCACCAUGAGCUAGCAAACACCGCCCGAAAACAGCAUGCUAAUUAGCUGAGCAACUUGUUAAUACGUCUUGGAAAUUUAGCUAUCAACACCCACCAGUUAGCCUACAGUCUGAAGUAACCGCCUUCCUGUUAACUGCCAAUUAGCCUGUUAGCAGUAUGCUAACGGGGCUAACAGUAGUCUGAAAUAUCAACAAAAGUCUUCCCAAUUAGCCAACCAAGGACUGCUAGUUAGCCUAGCAACCGCCUGCUAAUAAUCUUUUGAGAACAAUGUUAACAAGUCUUAUGACAAAAGAAUUGGCUUUCAACAUAGUUAGCCACGAUCCUGUUUAGCCUAGUAACAGGCAGCUAAUUAACCAUCUAUCAGGGUGCUAAUAAGGCUAACAGUAGGCUGAAUUAUCCAUCAAGUAGUCAGAGAAUUCACCACCAAAAGUCUGGCCAGUUAGCUUACCAACAGGCUGAUAAUAAGCUUCCCACCAAGGUGCUAAUCAAGCUAACAGCAGUCCGAUUUAUCCAACAAAAAUGUGCCAGUUAGCUCACCAACAGACCGCUAAUUGCUUAGCUAGCAGGUAGCUUGUAUGCUUCAUGAAUAUUCACCUGCUAGCGGUUGAUUAUCAGAUCUUUGGGAGAUUUAUCAUCUACAAAUGUUAAGAGAAAUAUCAGAACUGAUGCUAAUUAGCCUUGUAGCCUGCUAAUUAGCUCAUUAGUAAUGUGACUAGUUGUACUCCAAUUUUUACAAUACUCCCACUUUUAAAAUUAAAAAGGGGGCCGCUAACAAGCUUACCAAUAAUGAAAUGUACAACUUACAUGUAGCUUAUUAGCCUGAUGAUUAAGCUAAUUCACCUACUAACAGUUGGCUCGUUAGCAUUCCUAGAUUUCAGAUUAGCUCGUGAUUAGCCAGCAUGCUAAUAUAAAAAAAUAAUGAAUGCUGAUCUAUUUUCUUUUUUCAUGUCAAAUUUCCAUGUCAUUGAAUAGUUUCUUUAGAAAGCUGUUAGCUCACACACAUGCUUCCUUCUGUGUACUGUUGUCCUGAUGGCAUAGAGGGAAGAUCAGAGGUCAAACUAAAGAGCCUGUGCAGCAGAUGAGCGACUGAUGGCGACUUAUUAAACCUCCAGUUGCUUUUUCAUAUUGUAGCAUCGCACGGCUGAAUAACUACAGCAGAUUGGUCCAUCAGUGCUAUGCUAACAUAGUAGCUGCUGCAUCAAUCAUCUAAACUAACCAUUAAUAAGUUUAUAACCCUAAAAUCAGUCGAUGUGAUUCUUUAUUCCUUUACCUCUAAUAUGUUUCCUUUUCUAAACAAACAUGACCGCAGCUCGUUAGCGCAUGACCCCCCCCCCCCCCCCCCCGUAGCCCUCUCCCGUAAAUCAUCGCUGCCGUCAGUUUGAUGUAGAACUCGUCCUGCCUGCAGGUGGACGGACCCCCAGCCCCUUUGUCAUGUUUUAAACCCCAAUUGAAAAGAAAAACGGCACUAAAGGGGGAAACUUCCGGCGCUUAACUCUCACCUGUGCACCUGCAGCCAACACUCACCUGCUCCUUGUCAAAGUUUAGCCCCAAGUUUUAAUAAGAGACGGCACUUGAGCGUGACAAACCUUCCUUCACUUCGAUGAAUACUAGUUUGAUAGAAGUUACUUACUAGUUUUUGUUUUUGCCAAAUUAAUAAACUUCAUCCAAUAAUUAAGACCCUGAGAUGAGGGUCUGGAAAAAUUGGUCCUCAAGUGAAAUCAAACAAAUUCUCGACACUUGAAUCACAAUUGUUUGUUUUGGCUGCUGUUUACUCUGCUGUAGUUACCUGUUUAUGUUUACAUAUCAAGUAAUGAUGUCAUGUCAAACAGGAAACCACCAAGUCCCGCCAAAAUACAAUCAGUCGUUCUCUGCUGCAUCUAAAAGAACUGGCAAAUGGCCAAUGUAUUAUGGGAACUGUAGGUCUAAAUGUAAUGAAAAUACACUAAAGGGAAUUGGGGUUAAAUCAUAGAGAAAACUAAUUAAAUUUACAAAAGAAAAAUAGUUAGAACAAAAAAAUCGUAUAAAUUUAAAGUUUUCAAUAUAAAGACAAAAUAACAAUUCUAUGGAUAUUAUUAGUCAUUUUUUCAGAAUUUUCCCUCCUGACCUGCAAUUUCUCACCUUGAUACGUCCUCAGCAACUCUGACCCCUGACCUUCUCUCUAUCCCCAUCAGGACGUUUUCGUCACAUGAGAAAUACUCCCAUGCUCGUUAAAAUGCUAAAUCAUGUUCUUUAUUUGUAUUCAUCAUGAAAUCAUCCUAAGGAUUACAAUGCAGAUGAAUGAGCGUCAUUCUGCCAGUUUGUGUGUGUACAGUGAAAUAAUUAAACCUGGUUCUGUGCGUGUUGAACGUGUGUGGGGAACAUAACGUCCAGUCUAGUAUCCAUGUCUGUGUAAUCAUUGCGUACAGUUUUCUCCGGACAGUAACUGAAGAACCUGUUGAUCUUAAAUUCAGAGCGACUGUAUGCUCAGUGAGCGGCGGGGCGGCGGGGAAUAACAGCCGGGGUCUCUGGCUUUGGGUGAGGGCAGAUUUUGGGGCUCGAGGUGAACUUGGAGGCUUCCACGACCUUUAAUUAUUUCCCUCCUUUUUUUAUUUUUAGUCUAAAUACAAGCUAGUUUCGUCUUGGCUGUAAAGUUUUUUCUAAAAUAAAGUAAAUAUUAGGCUCAUGUCCUCCAGCAGCAGCAGCGUUACAUUCCCAUCCCAAAAGUUUUCAGCCUCUUUAUUAUUUUUUAGAUUUAUUUCUGUGUCCGGCUGAAUCUGCCUAGCGCCUGUAGACUGAACCUGCUGGUGUAACUUUUUAUUAUUUCUUUUGUUGACUUUUUUUUGUGUUUUUUGAACUAAAUCUUUAAUGGUUGUCCCUGCAGCCUGUUUCUGAUGUCCACACUAUUGUAGAGAGAUACUGUGAUGAUGGAGCCUCGUGUGUGUGUGUGUGCGUGUGUGUGUGCGCGUGUGUGUGUGGACAGUCUACAUUUGUUUUGAUGAAUAAAAAGGCCAAAUGGAAACUGAA